CGGCAAAAGUAUAUAAAUAAUAGUAAUAAUAAUAAUAAGGCAUUGAUCAGAAAACCUCGGCCCGAGAUUUGUUGAACGGAGAGCCAAAAAAUGGAUAAUAGGAAGAUGGGGAAAAGGUUUGAGGGGAAGGUCGCCAUUGUUACUGCUUCAACUCAAGGUAUCGGCUUCCAAAUUGCUCACCGUCUCGCCUUGGAAGGCGCCUCCGUCGUUAUUUCUUCCCGCAGACAGAUAAAUGUCGACGAGGCAGUUGAAAAACUCAAAGCUCAAGGACUUGAAGUGUUAGGGAUCGUUUGUCAUGUAUCAAAUGCACAGCAAAGGAAGAAUCUGGUGGAAAAGACUAUUCAGAAAUAUGGAAAAAUAGAUGUAGUUGUAUCGAAUGCAGCUGUCAAUCCAUCAGUCGAAUCCAUCUUGCAAACUCAAGAAUCCGUCCUUGAAAAACUGUGGGACAUAAAUGUUAAAGCUUCAGUCCUCCUUCUGCAGGAAGUAGCUCCUCACUUGCAGAAAGGCUCUUCAGUUGUUCUGAUUUCCUCCAUUGAAGGAUACCAGCCUUCUGCCUUAUUGGCCAUGUAUGGAGUGACAAAAACAGCCCUUCUUGGACUGACAAAGGCUCUUGCUGCGGAGAUGGCCCCUGACACUCGUGUAAACUGUGUCGCUCCUGGUUUCGUGCCAACACACUUUGCUGGUUUUCUUGUGACUAAUGAAGCCGUUAGGAAGGGGGUUGAGUCAAAGACUUUACUCAACCGGCUUGGUACGACUGAAGACAUGGCUGCUGCCACUGCCUUCCUGGCAUCAGACGACGCUUCAUAUAUUACCGGGGAAACUCUGGUUGUAGCUGGGGGGAUGCCUUCCAGACUCUAGGCUCCUUUGCACUGUAUCCUCAAGUUAAAUAAAUUAGAACUGGAGGGUGUUGGUUGGUUUUCUUUCUUGAUUAGGAAUUCAGAAAUAAAUAUCUAUAUAAGCUCUCGUUUGCCUUUUUGCCUUCUUACUUAUUUUGGGUUAGCUUUUGUAACAGAAAAAAAAGAAAUCUCAUUUAUCUCAAUAAAUUUUAUAGUGAUAUUUAAUGUGUAAAUAUGGCAACUUCUUGUUUGCCCGUUAAUCUCCAAGAAAGAAGGUAGUGCAGUUUUUGGUUGUGUUGUUUAUCUAAGUGAAGUGUUUUUUUCGA